CCGCCUAAGGUAGGCAAACUCAGGGUGAGGCGCGGAGCGCGCACUAGGCGGCGAGAGAGCGCCCCUGGAGCGCUGUUCCAAGAGCGGUCUCGGGGACACCGGGCACAGAGAGGGGCCGCGCGUCACCCUGGCCCUGGGGACCUGGACGGCACUCCCAGAGCGCCCACCUGCCGGGACGGAGCGAUUGCUCCCGCGGGCGAUCGCAGGGCCUACGGACCCACGGUGACACCCGGACAUUUGUGUCCUCCAUCAGAUCCGCAGCCGAGCUGGGGACCCGCUGACACCCGCCGCUGCCCGGAGGCUCGCCCUCGAGGCGGCUCUCUACGGGAAUGUUUCAAGGGGGCGGCAGGACCAGCAUUCCCAAGCCUACGCCCCGCAACCUGGAGGACCUGGACUCGGUGCAGCGCGUCCUGCUACACAGUGAUGUGGAGCCUGAGUGGCUGGACAGUGUGCAGAGGAACGGAGAACUGUUCUACCUGGAGCUGAGUGAGGAUGAGGAGGAGAGCCUGCUUCCGGAGACCCAGACUGCGAACCAUGUGAACCACGUCAGGUUCAGUGAGAAGGAGGUCAUCAUUGAAGAGGAUGAUUCCAGAGAGAGAAAGAAGUGCGAGCCCAAGCUCAGGCGCUUCACCAGGAUCUUGAAAAGCAAAAGCCUUUUACCUAAGCGCCACCACAAAAAGAACAGCGGCAACAACGGGCCUGUGUCUAUCCUGAAGCACCAGUCUACCCAGAAGACCGGAGUCACCGUCCAGCAGCGGUACAAGGAUGUGACUGUCUACAUUAACCCCAAAAAGCUGACGGCCAUCAAGGCCAGGGAACAGGUCAAACUCCUAGAAGUGCUGGUGGGAAUCAUCCAUCAGACCAAGUGGAGCUGGAGAAGGAGCGGAAAGCAGGCAGACGGAGAGAGGCUCGUGGUGCAUGGCCUGUUGCCUGGGGGCUCUGCUAUGAAGAGCGGUCAGGUCCUGGUUGGCGAUGUCCUUGUUGCUGUGAAUGAUGUAGAUGUGACUUCUGAAAACAUAGAAAGAGUUCUGUCCUGCAUCCCUGGGCCAAUGCAGGUGAAGCUGACAUUUGAAAACGCGUAUGCCGUGAAAAAAGAAACGGCCCAACCCAAAAAGAAAAGGGCACAGUCGAGCACACAUGACUUCGUGAAACUCCUGUGCGGGUCAGAGGCCGAUGCCGCCCAGCACAGUACCCUGAGCAACCCACACAUCACCAUGUACCUCACGCUGCAGCUCCAGUCAGAGGCAUCCGGGGAGGAGCAGGAAAUUCUUUACCAUUAUCCAGCGUCUGAAGCAUCUCAGAAACUCAAGAGCGUGAGGGGGAUUUUCCUCACACUCUGUGACAUGCUGGAAAGUGUAACUGGGACACGAGUCACUAGCUCAUCCCUCCAUGUAAAUGGGAAACAAAUUCAUGUUGCUUACUUGAAAGAGUCUGACAAGUUGCUGUUAAUUGGCCUGCCUGCUGAAGAAGUUCCUCUUCCCCAGCUAAGGAACAUGAUAGAAGAUGCUGCCCAAACCCUAAAGUUCAUGUAUGGCUCUUUAGACAGCGCCUUCUGCCAGGUUGAGAAUGUGCCUCGUCUGGAUCACUUCUUCAGCUUGUUCUUUGAACGAGCUCUUCGGCCCGGAAAAUUACAUCUCGGCGCCAGCCCCAGUGCCCAGCAGUACGAUGCAGCCAGCGCUGUGCUUUUGGACAACCUCCCUGGAGUCCGUUGGCUCCUACUUCCGCAGGAACUCAAGGUGGAACUGGACACAGCACUGAGUGACCUUGAGGCGGCCGACUUUGAAGAACUGUCCGAGGAUUACUAUGACAUGAGACGGCUGUAUACAAUUUUGGGGUCUUCUCUGUUUUACAAGGGUUAUAUGGUGUGCAGCCAUCUGCCUAAGGAUGAUGUUGUUGAAAUCGCUGCAUACUGCCGCCAGUACUGCCUGCUACCUUUAGCAGCAAAGCAAAGGAUUGGCCAGCUGAUAAUAUGGAGAGAGGUGUUCCCCCGACACCACCUCCAGCCCCCUGCAGACUCGGACACCGAGGCCUUCCAGGAACCUGAAGGGAGAUAUUUCUUACUAAUUGUCGGAUUGCGACAUUAUAUGUUGUGUGUGCUGUUAGAAGCUGGAGGCUGUGCAUCUAAAGCUACUGGGAACCCUGGUCCUGACUGCAUCUAUGUAGAUCAGGCCAGAGCAACCCUUCAUCAGCUGGAAGGAGUAGACUCUCGAAUGGAGGACCAGCUAGCCACAUCCCUGGGGCCCUGCUUGUCUUGUGCUGACUGGUUCCUUGCUGCGCCACGCGAAAAGGCAGAUGGUUUGACUACUUCACCUAUCCUCAGUAGGCUGCAGGGGCCUUCCAAAGCAGCAGCCUCUCCCACAUGCAGAAGAACCUUUUUCAGUGACUAUUCCUUCAAGGCACGGAAGCCCAGUCCCUCUAGGGUCGGUGGAGGACGUGAGCCCGGUGAAGGGGAAGAAAGUGUGGGUCUGAGCCCACACGCUACCCCAGAUGCGGUACGGAAGCAAAGAGAAUCUGAAGGCUCAGACGACAACGUGGCCUUGCUUAAGCUUGCUAGAAAGAAGUCAACACUUCCAAAUCCAUUUCAUUUGGGAGCUUCGAAAAAAGAACUUUCAGAAAAAGAAUUGGAAGUCUAUAACGUGAUGAAAUUGACAUCUGGUCCUGAGAAUACACUCUUCCACUAUGUUGCCUUGGAAACAGUACAAGGCAUCUUCAUCACCCCCACCCAUGAAGAGGUGGCUCAGCUAGGUGGUUCUGUCCACUCUCAACUAAUAAAGAAUUUCCAUCAGUGUUGUCUCUCUAUCCGUGCAGUUUUCCAGCAAACAUUGAAGGAAGGGAAAAAGAAAGCACUAAGUGGUGGUGAUCAUUUGGAGUCUGCAAAUUCCUCGUCUUCUCUGAGCCUUGUGAAAGAACACGGCGUGCUGUUUGAAUGCUCACCUGAAAACUGGACUGAUCAGAAAAAGACACCACCAGUCAUGUCAUACUGGGUGGUAGGGAGGCUUUUCCUUAACCCAAAACCUCAGGAACUCUAUGUCUGCUUUCACGACUCGGUCUCAGAAAUUGCCAUUGAAAUGGCAUUUAAAUUGUUCUUUGGGUUAACGCUGUAGCUGUGUUUGUAAGACGCAAAGUGACAUAUAGAUGGACUACAGGACAGUGUCAGAAUGGCAGAAAUCAUCAUACAGAGAUAAGGCUCAGUGCAUUCAUUGUUCAGUAUUGUACUCAUUAAAUACUGAGAUGAUACUAUUGGGUUGGUGCACCAGUUCAUGUGUAGUAUUAUGAACUGAUAACUUGAUCAAAAUAUAGAGACAAGAUUGCUAAUUUAUUGCCAUUUUGGUAUACCAUGCUAAUUUAUUGAAUAGUUUUAAAUAAUGUGAAUUCUUUAAUAAAACUUAAUAUAGGAGAUGUUUAUUUAGGGGUAAUAUUUAAAUCAUUGUUUGUUUUCAUAAAACCCAAUACUGACUGACUGAUACCUGGUAAAGGAAUCAUAACUCGAAGAGAUGACAAGGUUCUGUAGCUGGUUAGUGCUGUGUUGUGAGCAAGCCCUUGCAUCAGAGUAUGUGUAGACCAAUCACAUUAUUAUUGCAUUAGGAUUUUAAAAGGACCAAUUAAGAAAAAUAUGUUGUUUGCUUAUUGGUCAGUCUGUAAAUUUACAAAACCUGGGUUCUAGUUUCUUAGCAAAUCAAAAGCCUCUGCAUUGGUUUAAGUAUUUUAGUAGAUACCUCACUACAGAGGCAGAGGGAGAAGAUGACAGUUAAAGUUAAUUUAUAUUUAUUUGAUUCUCUUUAUUCUUUGUGGUAAACUUUAUUUGGAUUAGGAUACACAUUUGCAAUCAUCUGGAAACUCCCAUUGCUUUCUUUCUGGCUCAUAAACAUUUAUGUCAGCUCUAUCAAAUCAUAUUAAAAACACUGAAGGGAGGAUGGAUCAAUAGCUCAGACGUCAGGAACAAGUACCUCAUUGGAAGAGACCUGAGUUCAGCUCCCAGCUCCUGUGUUAGGCAGCUCAAACCCACCUGUAACUCCAGGGGGUCCCUUGUCUUUUGCAGGUAACCCCCAAACACACACACAUAAUCAGGAAAUAAAAUCCUGUUUAAAACACUGGGGGGGGGGUGGAAACAGGCUAAAGAUACCAUAUGUAACUUCUUCUAUAAAAUACUAAUUUUUGUCUUACAAAUCAGCAUCAAUCUGUACUGGGUUUUCCCAAAGGAGAGGGGUUGCUUUCCCUGACUGUAGCUAGCGUGAGCUUCAGCAGCACAGAAGGCUGACAUGACAGAUUUUCUUUGGCUGUGAGAAUUUGGUGUGUUGAAAAGUUUAGUAAAUGCUAAAUUUAUUAUUACCAUCUACCCAGGUGGACCUCCCACAGGCUCAGCACCCCCCACACUUUACAUUCCUGGGUAAUUUCUCCUUCAGGGAUUAUAUAUGUUGGAAGGCAAGCUAUCUGAAGCCAGUCUAAAGUUCAUCCCUACAUAUUCCCUCCAGCUGAAAACCAGAAAGCAUACUAGUGCACCCCUGGGCCAUUUGGUCUUAUAAAAAAUGUUGUUACCUUGGUCAUCAAUGUAAGAUUCUCAUCAAGGCAUGUCAAGGCAUGGGUGACAGAUGCCAGCUGUUUGUAUCACCAGUGGCUUCUGGGCCUAGUUUCCGGCUUUCAAGUCAGAUAAGAAAUGUAAAAAUGUAGAAAACGGUUUGAAAUAUCUCCCCACUUAACUGAGUCAAAUUAGUUAAGACUCUCUUCUGUCUUAGACUGCCCAUGUGCAGAUCUAUGUGUUCCAGCACUUCUAAAACUAUUUAUUAAAUGUCUUAAGUUUCUGGAUAUAGUCUCAAAUCCUGAGCUGUUUCUAGAGCUGAUCAUAUUGAUGAGUGUGGCUGUUGAUCCCCUCAGGAGUUCAAACAGAACCAACUAAGACUUGGGAUUUUAAUAGAGGGAACUUUUUUUUUCCAUUUAGAUUUUGAUCUGUUGGUGCUUUCUUUGUGUCAGAUAACCAUGAGCACACUAUUCAAAAUGUGAUGUAAAAGACAAACACAGCACAGAUGUUAAAGAUGGGCCAUUGGUGGUAUAGUACAUGUGCACCAUUAGUCCAUGUUGAAGACACAUUGCAUUUUUAAUGAAUGAUACUGCCUUUCUAUUCAUUUCCAAGUGAAUAUUGAAGGCAAAUUUGGCUGACCAUGUCUGUGAAUAAGUUCAGACUCACAUCUGAAAGUUAAUCAGUCUGACUGUUGGUCAGUAGAGUCCCUGUCUGUCUGGUUUUCAGGGAGGGGACAAAGUGUCAAGAGCAUAUCCUAUAAUGACGGGCUUCAGAGAAACCUCCUUGAAUCAGGUUUUAUUCACAUCUUGGUAGUAAUGUUCUAAAGAACAUUAAUGUAUGAAAGUAAAAUGAAUCGUCCACCUAACAUGCUUAGAACUGUCUGGCUUGGUGGCACAUGCCUAGAAUCCAGUAUUCAGGAGGCUGAGGCAGAGGGCAGGCUGGGCUCUAUCUGUAACAAACAAUAAAACCACAAGUGCUUCCUCACUACUAUCUCAUGCUUCUUAGCCCCAAAGAAACUCUAGACUCUUGCUUUUUCUUUCCCCUUCUCUCUCUUCUCUCUUCCCUUAGCUUUCUUUGUUUCUGUCUUGUCAGAGAACUGUACCUAGAAAGUUAGGUAGUGUCUCACUCCGUGUUCCAAGGGACUGUGGGUGAUGAUACGUACCUAACAAAAUGGCGAUUGUAAAAUAAUCUCUUUUAAAUAUUUCUGACACAAAUCGAAAAAAGCGUGAAACCAGCCUACUAAGUUCUGUCUGCCUUAAUCGUUAUUCAUUUCCAUAUGCUCUCCCUCAACCAUGGUUCUCACACAUUGUCAGCUAUGAAGCGUAAGCUGUGGCUGCCAUUUAUCAUCAUUAAGUGGCCACAGCCUGAGAACCAAAAAGGCACAGUCAAGUCAUACCCGUUACUGCACAACGUGACAGCAAUAAUCUGAGAAAAUUACUUCGCACUAUAGUUUUGAGAAUAAGGAUUUAUAUUUUGGAUGCUUUUUUUUUGAAAUGGUAAGUUCUGUUAAAACUUGAACCUACACACCAAACCAUAUGAACUUAUUUAAUUAUGAAGAGUUUUAUUUCUGUAUGUAAUUAAAGCUAUUUUUUUACAUUAUCCAGAGUUUUAAAUAAAAAUGUUUUGGAGGUUUGUUUGCAGUA